ACCCAUCCCCUCUUCUUGUUUUUGUUGUUUCGAUACGAAUUGUGCAAUUUGGUAUUGUUUAUUGGAAAUUUGGAAUAGAGACGUUGAAGAUCGGGGGAAAAUAUAGGUGUAAAGGGAUAACUUGAGAUAUGUGAAACAUUAAACUGUGAAUACAUAAUUAUUUAGCGCCGUAUAUCGCAUUUUUAAAAAUUUAAGUUUCACAUUUUCGCUAUGACAUUUAGAAGACUACCCUAAGUUAUUUUCAGGUAUUAAAAUGACCUCUUUUCCUGGGAACCAACAAACCUAUGAGUACCAUGCUGUGGACAACUUUGAAGUCCGUUUGGAAAACCGGAGUUCAGGAUGUUGGUCAUCUUCAUCUGUGAAAUUAGUCCAACUUUGUUGCAUUGGAAUAUUGCUUCCAAUUGUGUGGAUUCUAGUUCCUGUUUAUGCCCGUCUAUUUUCGUAUGCUAAUUCUGCUGUGCCUUUAACAAAUACUCAGAUGCGGAUGUUAGAUUCAACUUUUUCUACAUUCUGGUGUCAAGGUCAACUUCUUCAAACAAAUGUAACCUUUGAUGCCUAUUUGAUGAAUAGCAAACCUAGUGCUUACUCAUACACCCAACAUUUUACACAUCACUUCGAGUUGGAUGAUGAUCUCAAAGAAUUUUGGGGAUUUUAUUUGCUUGAGGGUUCGCAGUUGACGAUUAGCUCCUGCGCAAGAUAUAUGGGAGCGAGUGUUACAGUUGUCAAAGGAAACACUUCUCUAAAGUUGCUUUCGUGUCUUGAAGAAGGGUUUACUUCUAGUGAGGAAGGAUCUUUGGAACGAAAGAAAAAUAUCACCAUGCUCCUAAAACAAAACACUUCUUCCAAUCCAUCAAGAAAAGGCCAAGUUGAAGAUGGUCAAUCCAUGAUGAGGAAUAACAUAGCGAACGGCCAGCCGAUGCUGAUUUUGAAAUUGGACGAUGACGUAGAAGAAAUCGAAAAUGGCGCAUUUGAAUUGGCUGACGAUGAAGUAGUUAAAGAAAAGGACGUUUUAGCGAAUCCAAAUUGGGGUGGCACAUCGACGUCGGGUGAAUCGUUGACUUCCAGCUCAGAGGAGGCAUUGCUCGCUUGUGCUAGUCCAGUGAUGAAUCAGUUUGUGAUUCCUGACGAGAACUGCAACUCAACGAAUGCCAAGCAUAGCCUUCUUCGAUAUGUUGUUGAUGGCGAAGGAUAUUAUUCAAUCAUCUUCUCGAGCAAUUUUGAGCAAAACGGGCAGGUAAAAAACCCUGUUUCCACGGAAUUUGAUAUACUUCAAAAUGUUUUUAACGUUACGGAUGCGGCGGCGUCUUGCCAUAAUACCACUGAGUGCCAUUUUUCUCUUCGAUUCGCAUCAAAUGAGCGAGUAGUCGUUACGCUUUCGACACCUCGUUACGAUGAUGGCAAUGGUGAUUGGGACUCAAUGUACUAUAUCGAAUCCCAGUGUAUUCCACGUACGAGAGUUUAUCUUGCAUUUGGAUUGACCCUUCCACUCGUUCUUAUCCUCUGUGCCUUCUUAUAACUCCCCAUUCGUUUGUCUAUCUUUGGCUGUAUAAUUUUCGGCCGUAGGGUUUAGAUCGCUUUAGACAAUGUUCAGAAAUGAUCCUCAAAGCACGUCGAUUUUGCCUUAAAUCAGGGAACAAAUUUGGAUUUAACUUUAAAGACAAGUGCGAACUUUUAGUUCUCUAAUGUGCACUAGAAGUUCCUAAACAUGUUAUACGUAAAAAAUGUAUGCAGAUAAAUAAUGUACCAAAAACAUAAACAAAUAUACAUUACCGCGUUGGGCUAAGGAAAAGACGAUGAG